AUGUCGGCUAAAGCUGUCAGCGAACUCUCCGGAAAGGAGGUAACGUUUCUAUUGUUUGUUCUCUACAAACACUUUGAGUCGACCGGAAUCGUCAGUGCACCGCAUGCGUUUCACGUGAAUGCCGGUGAUAAGUUUUCGGAGGUAUCCGCGAAGUACGAAUGGCUUGCUCAGGACAACAAAGGAGUGAUCAAACCAGAUCAGCUCAUCAAACGGCGAGGAAAGCUCGGACUUGUCAAAAUUGGAACACCAGCCGAAUUGGAAGCGUGGUUCGAUAAGACUGCCAACACCUACAUCAAGGUCGGACAAACGGAAGGAAGACUUCAUACAUUCAUCGUCGAACCAUUCUGCGCUCAUAGCGAAGAUGAAGAAAUGUAUAUCGCUAUUUACAGCGAACGCUGCAGAGAUGUCAUCAUGUUCUAUGAGCAUGGAGGAGUCGAUAUUGGAGAUGUCGAGGAGAAGGCCAGAGCUGUUCAUAUCCCUGUUCAACUGAACGACAAUGAAAUGACCAUCACUGAAAGAGAACUCGAUAUGCUCUUGGGACCAUGCAAAGAGAAGGAUAUUAUUCGGAAAUUCGUGCUCAACUUGUACGAAGCUUACAAAGCCCUUCAUUUCACCUACCUGGAAAUCAAUCCUUUCGUUCUCACUAACGGGAAAAUUCACGUUUUGGAUUUAGCUGCUAAACUCGAUGAAACUGCUAAUUUCUUGUGCUCUGAUAGAUGGAGUAGCCGAUCUGCAUCUUCUCGCAUAACUCGAUCAAUCGAAUUCCCAGCUCCAUUUGGACGCGAUCUCACCGUCGAAGAGCAAUACAUCUCAGAUAUGGAUGCGAAGACUGGAGCUUCUCUCAAGCUUACGAUUCUCAACCGUCAGGGACGCGUAUGGACCAUGGUUGCCGGUGGAGGUGCUUCUGUUGUCUUCACCGACACUGUCUGUGACCUUGGAGGUGCAAAUGAACUUGCUAACUAUGGAGAGUACUCUGGAGAUCCGUCCGAGUCACAAACAUACGAGUAUGCGAAAACCAUUCUCUCCGUCAUGACUGAAGGAACUCCACGUCCAGACGGUAAGGUGCUCAUCAUUGGAGGAUCCAUCGCCAACUUCACCAACGUUGCUAAAACCUUCGGAGGAAUCGUUCGUGCUUUCGAGACGUUCAUUGACAAGCUGAAGGAGCAUAAGGUUUCGAUCUAUGUGAGAAGAGGAGGACCAAACUACCAAGAAGGACUUCGACGUGUCAAGGAUGCCGCUACAAAGUUGGAUAUUCCAAUCCAUGUGUUCGGACCGGAGACUCACAUGACUGCCAUCGUUGGAGCAGCACUUGGAUUGACACCAAUGCCAACUGUUCCGACGGCGCCACAAACUACUGGACAGUUCUUGUUGAGUCCGGAGCGGAAUACUGCUGGAUUUGAACGUCCACCUGCGUCACCGGCGGUUACCUCUGCUCCAGUCGAGCUUCCGCCAAAGAGAAGCCAUCCUUUGCAUCAAAGCCUUUUCGAAAACAACACGAAAGCAAUCAUUUGGGGACAGCAACAUAAGGCUAUUCAAGGAAUGCUUGACUUUGAUUUUGUUUGUGGAAGGCAUUCACCAUCAGUGGUUGCUUCUACUUAUCCAUUCACUGGUGAUAACAAGCAGAAGUACUAUUUCGGCCAAAAGGAAAUUCUCAUUCCUGCUUACAAAUCUAUGGCUAAAGCAUUCGCUAGUCAUCCGGAUGCCACCGUCAUGGUCACAUUCGCCUCAAUGAGAUCUGUCUUUGAAACUGUUCUGGAAGCCUUACAAUUCUCACAGAUCAAGGUUAUUGCCAUCAUUGCUGAAGGAGUACCUGAGAAUCAAACCAGAAAAUUGCUGAAGGUUGCUGAGGAUAAGGGAGUUACUCUUAUUGGACCAGCCACUGUGGGAGGAAUCAAGCCAGGAUGCUUCAAGAUCGGAAACACUGGAGGAAUGAUGGAUAACAUUCUCGCCUCAAAACUCUAUCGUCCAGGAAGUGUGGCCUACGUUUCUCGAUCCGGAGGAAUGUCCAAUGAGCUUAACAACAUCAUCUCUCAAAACACCAACGGAGUGUACGAAGGUAUCGCCAUUGGAGGUGAUCGCUACCCAGGAAGCACCUACACGGACCACGUUCUCAGAUAUCAACAUGACGAUCGCGUCAAGAUGAUUGUUCUUCUUGGUGAAGUUGGUGGUGUUGAAGAAUACCGCAUCGUGGAGCUUCUGAAGACUAAGCAGAUUACCAAGCCUCUUGUUGCCUGGUGUAUCGGAACCUGCGCGGACCACAUCACUUCUGAAGUACAAUUCGGACAUGCUGGAGCCUCCGCUCACGGAGAAGGAGAGACUGCUGCCUGCAAAAACACUGCCCUUCGUUCUGCUGGCGCUUUAGUCCCAAGUUCUUUCGACGAUCUUGGUAACAAGAUUCGUGAAACAUACGAAGAUCUUCUACGUCUUCAAAUCGUUGUUCCACAACCUGAGCAACCGCCACCAGCUGUACCAAUGGACUACGCCUGGGCUCGUGAGCUUGGUCUCAUCCGGAAGCCAGCUUCCUUCAUGACCUCGAUUUGUGAUGAACGUGGUGAAGAACUGAACUAUGCUGGUGUUCCAAUCACGAAGGUCCUUGAGUCGGAUAUGGGAAUUGGAGGUGUUCUCGGUUUACUCUGGUUCCAGAAACGCCUUCCUCCACAUGCCAACAAGUUCAUUGAGAUUUGUCUCAUGCUCACUGCAGACCACGGACCAGCUGUAUCUGGCGCCCAUAACACCAUUGUUUGCGCUCGUGCUGGAAAGGAUCUGAUUUCUUCUCUGACUUCUGGUCUUCUCACCAUCGGUGAUCGGUUCGGAGGUGCUCUCGAUGGAGCUGCACGUCAGUUCUCUGAGGCUUUCGAUCAGGGAUGGUCUCCAAAUCAAUUUGUCGGAGAGAUGCGAAAACGCGGAACACACAUCAUGGGUAUUGGACAUCGUGUCAAGAGCCACCAAAUUUAUUUUCAGAUCAACAACCCUGACAAGCGUGUUGAAAUUCUGAAACGCUUUGCUGCUGACAAGAAAGAGUUCGCCCAAGAGACUCCACUUCUCGAUUACGCUCUUGAAGUUGAGAAAAUCACUACUGCCAAGAAACCCAAUCUCAUUCUCAACGUUGACGGAGCGAUUGCCAUCAUCUUCGUAGAUAUUCUUCGUAACAGUGGAAUGUUCACAACAGCCGAAGCUCAAGAAGUUAUCGAGAUAGGUGCUCUCAAUGGAAUGUUCGUUCUUGGACGCUCGAUUGGAUUCAUCGGGCACUACUUGGACCAGUCUCGUCUUAAGCAAGGGCUGUACCGGCACCCAUGGGACGAUAUUUCCUACAUUAUGCCCGAGAGAAAUUUGUAA